AUGGCUGCCGUUUCGUCUGCCACGGGCACCACGGCCCUGACGCCCCCGAGUAGCAGCCACGGGGAAGAGGCAGCGUGGGAAUAUGCUGGAACCCAGUUCGAGAAUGCAGCCCACGAAAAGAAUGUCGGUGCUGCACGCCUUGACCAAUCUUCCCACCGAAACCCUUUGGGCCCGCAGAAUGGCAAUGCCUUCCCCCCGUCUCACCAUCAGUCGGAAACCUCUGUCAGCGGUCUCGACGCGGGCACCCGCAAGAUGCACUCGUUGGACAACCUGAGUGCCGCUCGCUGGGACAAUCCCGCCGAGGAACGCGUUCUGUCGCCGCCUCUAGCAAUCGAGUCCAAGCCACGUCACGGCUCGUCGGAUUGGCAUACACCCAGCGGCGAUGACCGGAAACGGCCGCUGCAUCAGGCCCUCGGCCCCGAAGCGCGUGACCACGACGACUCCAAGUGGAUUCACCGAGACAAGUUGGCAAAGAUUGAGAGCGAGGAGCUACAGGCGGCCGGCAUCUUCGUCCCACGAACCCGACCUCACAGCAAACAGCGCCGGGAGCGCAGCCAGAGCCGCCUCACGCGCGGCACCGAGUCCGUUGAUAUGGACAGCCGGCCUCGCAAGGACUCGGCCACGCUGGAGCAGCUGCUUACGUCGGAGCCGUCCACGUCGCAUUGGGACCUGCGCACGCCCGAGGAGAUCGCGGAGGCUGAGGCCAAUGCCUAUUUCACCGCCAAUGGCGGCAAGGGGGGAUCACGCAUCCCCGUGGCCAAGACCAGCCCCGCCCCGAUACCCGUGGACUACCUUGAGCGCGGUUCCCCCGCUGUGCGAAGGCCGGCUGAGUCCAUAGACGGCGACGCCAUCUCGUACCCGAAACCUCGAUCUCGCAGCGCCAGCCUCUCCGCGAGCGUGUCCAUCAGCGAUCAGGCGAGUACGGGCCCCGGGCUCAAGGUCGCGAAGCGCUCCGCGACGGAUACGUCGCCCAAGAAGAGCGCAUCUCGCAGACCGUCCGCUGCGUCCAAGGCCAGCGCGAGCGCCGGCCGCCCCAAGACGCGUUCCGGGCCGAACAGGGACGGCUCGAGUACCAGGCCUCCCACGCGCGGGGAGGGCUCUGCGGCCGGCAAGCAACCCGAGGGCGACCCUCCUUGGAUGCUCAACUCGUACAAGCCCGACCCCCGGCUGCCCCCGGACCAGCAGCUACUCCCCACCGUGGCCAGGCGCCUCCAGCAGGAGAGGUGGGAGAAGGAGGGCAAGUUUGGCGACGUGUACGACAAGGAUUUUCGGCCGCUCAACGACAACGAAUUUCAGAAGCCACCAGAGCCUGACGCCAGCGGCGCUCCACGGACAGAAGAGGAGCAGGGCCCGCAGGCAGACGAGUGGCCGCUCAAGCCCGGCGUGGCCAAGAGCCCGACGCUGCGGCAGGGCUCAUACUCGACAAUGCCAAAGAUCUCCGACAAGCCACUCCCCGUUAGCCCGAUAGCGAGCCCGCGGGCCACCACCGCCCCCGCCGCGCCGACUCCUCAGGACAAAGAGCAAGAGCCGCCCUUGGCGGUUGAGGACCCCGACGAAAAGAAGGGCGGCUGCGGGUGCUGCGUCGUGAUGUGA